GUAGUAUUGUGGCGGAUGGUCGGACAUGCGCGAUUCUUACGGGAGUGGACCUCGGGUGUGUGAUUAAGGAAAGCAACAAUGCGAUAUUCAAGUCACGUAUUGCAAAGCACAAUGUGAUUACUGGUGAAAUGAUCAUGUAUUUUUCCUAUUUUCUAAAGUACGUGUAACACAGAGAAUAUUGUAAUAGUUUCACGCGUUGCGAUAUAUAUCAACGACGACCGGUGAUUUGUAUACGUUAAAACAAGAUCUACAAAAACGUAUAUAUCGACGAUAUAAUCGGAAUUGAAUUUAAUGGUGAAUAUUUUCCACCCACCUACGACACCAGCAUGGUUGCUAAGCAUUUUACUCAGGGCUCCAGGCCCGAGAUGGGGGUCUCGGAUAUGACGGUGAUCAGCGACAUAGACGAGACCGGAAUAAACAGGAACCUGCAGGUCCGCUACCAACGGGACCAGAUAUAUACCUACACCGGGUCCAUAUUGAUUGCUGUCAAUCCCUACAAGGAAGUCGACAUCUACACAUCGGAUUACGUCACCCGUUAUCAUGGGCAGAAAAUGGGAGCGUUGGAGCCGCACGUCUUCGCCCUGGCCGAGGCGGCCUACCGGUCGCUUCAGGACACCGAGAGCAAUCAGUCCUGCGUAAUAAGCGGCGAGAGCGGCGCCGGGAAAACCGAAACCACCAAAUUCAUAUUGCAGUAUUUGUGCUCGGUUACCAGCAACGUCGACACGUGGGUCGAGCAGCAAAUCCUCGAGGCGAACACGAUCCUCGAAGCGUUUGGUAACGCGAAGACCGUUCGAAACGACAACAGCUCGAGGUUCGGGAAAUUCAUGCAAGUCUGCUUCGACAGCAAGUGGAUGAUAAAGGGUUGCAUAAUUCAGGACUACCUCCUCGAGCAGAGUAGAAUAACAUUUCAGAGUCCGGGCGAGCGGAAUUACCACGUGUUCUACCAGCUGGUGGAGGCGGGAACGAGCAACCGGGAGUUUGCCGAUCAGUACAAACUGCGACCGGCGAGUUUUUACAAGUAUUUAAACCAGUCCGGGUGCACGAAGAUCGACGGUAUCUCGGACUCGCGCAAGCUCGACGCCUUGAGGCUAGCCUUCAACGUCCUCCAAGUACCAGCCGAGAUGUGCGAGGGUAUAUUCCGCGUAUUGUCGGCCAUUCUGUGGCUGGGCAACCUCAGCUUCGAAGACGUCGACGGGGAGCGUUGCGAGGUGACCCGCGACGACGAGGACAUCGUCGCCACGGUCGCUCCGCUCCUCGGGCUUCAGGUCGAGGACGUUACGCGAGUUGUUCUCGUGCGGCAGAUCAACGUACGGGGCAACAUCACGGAGAUUCCGCUCAAGGUCCAGGAGGCCAGAGAAAACAGACACGCGAUGGCCAAGGCGCUCUACUCCAGAACUUUCGCCUGGCUGAUCAACCACAUCAACAACUGCACUAACCCCGGUCAGGACAGCUCCCGGUUCCUUGGAGUCCUCGAUAUUUUUGGCUUCGAAAACUUUGCCGCGAACAGCUUCGAGCAACUGUGCAUAAACUACACGAACGAGAAGCUCCACAAGUUCUUCAAUCACUACGUUUUCGCCCUGGAGCAGGAGAUUUACCGCCAGGAGGAGAUCCAAUACUCGCACAUCCAGUUUACCGACAACACGCUGUGCCUGGAGCUGAUCGAGAAGCCGCCGCGAUGCGUGCUUAAGAUGCUGACCGAGCAGUGCCACAUGCCGAAGGGAUCCGACCUGGCCUAUCUCUCCAAUUUGCACGCCGAGUUCGACGCCCAUCCGUGUUACGUGAAGGGUGACGACCGGAGGAAGUGGGAGACCGAGUUCGGCGUGAAGCAUUACGCCGGUUGCGUGACCUACACCGUUGAGGGAUUCGUCGACAAGAACAGGGACGUGCAGCAGGACGUAUUCUUCGACUUCAUGUCGAGGAGCAGGAACGUAUUCGUUCAGGAAAUAACGAGGUAUCAGGAUCUGCUGAGCUGCACGGUUGCCAGAUCCGGUACGAUGACGAUGUCCCGAGGGACGUCGAAGGGGAAACCUACCCUCUGCGAUUCGUUCAGGCACCAGCUUCAAGCACUGGUCGACGUCCUCCAGGCGACGACCCCGUGGUACGCGCGUUGCAUAAAGCCGAACAUGAAAAAGAUGGCGAACAAUUACGACGAGCAAUUGGUCCUGGACCAACUAAAGUACUUGGGUAUGCUCGACAUAAUCAGAAUACGGAAAGAAGGAUUCCCGAUACACAUGCCGUUCGUUGACUUCGUCGCGAGAUACAGAUGUCUCGACAAGGGCAGGCUACUCGGUAACUGCGACGAGAAGGAGGCUGUCAGACGACUGAUACGAAGCCAGGGAAUACCGGAGACCGAAUGGCAGAUAGGUAGGACGAAAGUAUUCCUGCGGAGCUACGUUCACGAACCUCUCGAAGACACGAGGAACCAAAUGGUCACUAGAAACGCGAUCGUCAUACAGAAGAUUUGGCGGGGUUACACAGCUCGCAAAGAAUUUUUGCGAGUAAGAGAAGCUGCGCUGAGGGUUCAGCACGCCUACCGGGGAUGGAAACUCCGUAUUAUGUUCAUAAGGAAGCGCAGGGCUGCGGUCGUGAUUCAGUCCCACCUUCGUGGCGUAUUUGCGCGCGAGGUUGCCGCGGCUCUGAGAGAAAUGCGACGGGUCGACGAAGAGAUGAGGAAACGCGAGAGGAUGGAGGAAGAACGGAAACACAUGGAAGACAAGAAAGCACUCGAGGAGAUACAGAGCGCGCAAUACGACGGUAUUAUGGGAAUGGAGCGAGGAAAGGCGCAGGAGGAGAUCGCUGCGCUGUCCCAGAUGGCCGAGCAGCUGAAUUCGAAAAUGGCAACAUCCGAACUGCAGGCGGUAGACCUGGACAACCUCUUCUCGUUCCUGUCGGACGUACAGUCGACAAAGAGCAACCAGAUAAUCGACGAGAUCGGAGAGCAGAUGGACGAGCUGGUCGAGGACUUGGACGUGGAACUGGAGACGGUGAUCCAGCAGGAGAUGGAGCUGGGUCAGAACGGCAUGCAGGAGGAGCGAAGACAGAGCGGGACGAACGCCGAGACGGUGCUUCAGCAGCAGCAAAGGGCGGCGGCUAAGCUGGGACAGCCGCGUCUCCCGGAACCGACGGAACCACCGCCUCCACCCCCGCCGCCGGCGGUCCUCGAGGACGAGUCUCCGAGCGCGACGAACAGCUCCGGUAUCUCGACGGCGGGCGACGGAGAGCCGAUAUACGAGUCGGUUCUCCCAAGGGACGAGAACGGGCCUAGCAGCCCGGUGCUAAUCAACGUCGGAUCGACGAUCGGCAACGGCGAUCUGUGCGGUUCGCCGCCUCCGGUACCCACCGGCAAGAUAGCCAAGGAGCCCAUAGCCGGCAGCCCGCCGCCUCGCUCGGAUUCCCGGAACUCGAACGGAAUCGUCAAUCACCACCACCACCACCAUCACCAGUCGCAAUCGCUGCCUCCGCCGCCAACAUCCCACCCUCACGAACAGCAGCCCGCCGAGCGGGAACAGCGGCGAAAAUUCCGCGUCGAGAGGAAACUCCAGGAACUGGAGGAGAACAAGGACGUCCAGGAGGCGGACGCCACCUAUCACGACAUCGUCGAGUUCGCCCAGAACUAUUUCAACAACCACGAGCGAUCCCCCGAGGGAACCAUCAUCGCCACGCUGACGAGGAAGUCGCGCGGCAAAAGUCUCGAGUUUAUACCCAAGUACGAAAUGGUCACGUACUACAAGGGAUCCAGCAUACCAAACUCUCAUAUCCACAUGUACGACCCGGACAACGUGAACGUUGCCUGCUCGGUGUUCAGGGACUUGUGCAAGUACACGCGAGGCGAGAUGAAGCUCGAGCAAGAGAUCGCGACGAUCCAGGUAAUAAUCGGCUACGGAAUCGAGCGCGAGGAGCUCAGGGACGAGAUAUUGGUCCAGUGCAUGCGUCAGGCGACGAACAACCCGAAUCCGGAAUGGGCGGAGCGGGUUUGGCUGCUUCUCUGCCUGGCAAUCGUCGCGUUCCAGCCGAGCAAACUCCUCUACAAGUACUUCGUGUCUUUUCUCAAGAAGAACCUUGCCCUGGAGGGUAAACUCCGUCAGUACGUUCAAUGGUGCGUCGACAACUGUAAGAACACCAAAGUGUCCUGCAGACAGUUUCCUCCGUCGACGGUUGAGAUCGCGGCGAUGAGGAGACUCGGUACGAUCGUUUGUCGCUUCUUCUUCCUCGAUGGCAGGACGAAGGCUAUCGACGUACACCCGACGGACACGGCGGCCGACGCGGCCGCGAAAUUGGCCGAGAAACUUGGACUGAGGUCGCUCGACGGAUGGGCGAUAUACCAAAGUAGGCCCGACGGCGAGGAGCACGUCCGAGCCCACGAUUACCUCUACGACGUGAUAGCGGCCUGGGAAGUGAAGCAGUGCAAGCUGAACACGACCCAGUCGACAUUCUCGACUCUGAGACGCAGCAACAAUCCGACACUUGGAAGCGGCGAGAAUCGGUUUGUAUUCAAACGAAGAUUAUUCAGAAACAGUCGCGAGCUGUCCCAGGAUCCCGUCGAGGUCAACAUGCUCUACGCUCAGGCGGUCUACAACGUCGUCAAGUGCGACGAUUUCCCGGUGUCCGAGAAAGUCGCGCUUCAACUGGCCGGGCUGCAGGCCCAGGUUGCACUCGGUGACCCGAAGGACAACGAUCGGCUCGACUACUACGCGGAAGUUGACAGUUUCCUUCCUUACCGCAUAAGCAGAGCUCGAGGCGACGACGUCUGGGUGCCGAUCAUAGCCCAAGCCCACAUGCAGUACGGAGCUGGGCGUGCCGAGUUGGCCGCGAAAGUGUUGUACCUCUCUUGCGUGAUGCAGUAUCCGCUCUACGGUACGACGAUGUUCAACGUGACGUACCGGGGCUAUUGGUCCUACGGUAAUCAGCUGAUACUGGGAAUAAACUGCGACGGUCUGAUGCUCAUAAAGCCGGACGACAAGUUCGUUUUGUCGGAGUACAGAUACCAGGACGUCGAGAGCAUAAUGCUGGACCCCAGCGACUCAUUCAUCACGCUGUCGCUGCUGAGGCACAACCCGGACAGCUCGCACAAGUGUUUCGUGUUCGAGACGAAGCAGAAGAACGAGAUCGGUAGUCUGAUCGUCAGCUACUGUCCAGCCCUGGCUGGCUGGAUAACGGAGAAUGAGGCGCCGGUGAAAAAGGUCAAGGGGAUAACGAACGAGGAUAGAGUACGGCUCUAUCACAACCUGGUCAACUGUCGGAGGACGUUGGUAGACUCGGACGCACUUCGAAAGCCGCAAGACAUGGGCGGCGGGUUCCUCAGAAACACCUUGCGCCGCCUCUCCAAGCACAGGAUAGAGAAGCUGCGCCAGGAACACGGCAACGCGAUGGACCACGGGGAGACGUACAAGGGCUUUCCGUACGCCUACUGGGCGUUCGGCAGGCAGCCCAUUCCACAAAGCCUGACGAAGCUCCCGGAAGCCGAGGAGCAGAUCGCGCUGAGCGUCUUUCAACUGAUCCUGACCUACGCCGGACUCGGACAGAACGGAGACGCGGUUCGGAGCGUCGAGGACGAGCACGUGAACUUGAUCCAGACGAUAAUGGAACGCUGUAUGCGCAAGGAGUGCCUCCUCGGCGAGCUCUACCUACAACUGAUAAAGCAGACCACCGACCACCCCGAUCCAAACAGCAGAGUAAACCUGAGACACUGGGCGCUCCUCUCCUUGGCUUGCUCGGUCAUUCUCCCGCCACAGAAGAUAAUAAGAAAGUACUUAAUGGCCCAUUUGAAAAGAUGCGCCAGCGACUACGUAACGGAGGAGGGAAAGUACGCGAGAUUUUCCGAGAAAUGUUUGAACAAGACACAGGGGACGAGGAGGAGGCAGUGGCCGCCCAGCAGAGAGGAAAUCAUGUGCACCAUAAACAGGCGGCCUAUUUACGCUAGGUUCCAUUUCAUGGACGGUCAAUAUCACGCGGUUGAAUUUCACCCGUCGUCGACCGCGAGGGACGUGAUGGAAAUAAUCAAGGCGAAGAUUGGACUCGAGGAAACGGCCAUGGGCUACGCGAUUUACGAAAAACUUGGUUCGUCCGAACGCUCCCUCGUUCCGGAGGAGAAGAUAGCCGACGUAAUGUCAAAAUGGGAGCGUUACAGAACAGCCAGUGCGACGCACACCCAACAGUCCCAGCAAUCCCAGAGAAAGCACACGCAUCAUUUGUUCCUCUUCAAAAAGCACCUGUUUCUCGAUCAGUACAUGAACCUUGACGAUCCUGUGGAGAAGGAGCUCCUCUAUCACCAGGUUUUGCACGAUUUGCGCGCGGAUAGAUUCCCGAUCACGGACAAAGAGGCGAUGAUGCUGACGGCGCUGCAAGCCCAACUGGAACUGGGCGACUGCGAGGAGGGUUUGUCCGGUGGUCAGGAGUACCGGGGAAUAGCUGGACACUGCUUGCCGGCUCGACUAGUUCCGAAUCUGAGUCCCGACGGGGUCUUGCAACACCACCAAUCGCUGAGAGGAAUGACGCCGCCGGAGGCGAAGAAGGCAUUUUUGAAUUUGAUUCAGUCUUGGCCGCUGCACAAGGCGACGAUAUUCGACGUAAUGCAGUCAUUCACGUCAAACUGGCCGAGAGUCUUGUGGCUUGCCGUUGACCAGAAGGGUCUGCAUUUACUCGAGCAUCGCUCGCGGAACGCUCUCUGCAGCUACGAGUACGGAAGUAUUCUCAGCUUCAGUCCAGCCCUCAAUUGCCUGAUGAUCAUUACUGGGACGGACAAAAAGCAGAGCAAAGUUAUCAUAACAACGUCGCAGGCAUUCCAGAUAUCAAAUCUAAUCAGGGAGUACACGGAGGUCCUUCAGUCCCCGGUCGAAGUAUCCAAGCGGGAUUCGACCAUCGUCCAGCAGGUCAGUCAACAGCCUCAGGCUCCGCCAUCCUCGGCUGGAGGACGAAGAUCCAGACCUGUGUCCAUGCUGCACAGGCCGGCACCGGUGAUACACUCUCAGGCCAGUUAAAUUGGUAUUCAGAGAGGGUCAAGGGACGUUGAUCCUGGUACUAGAAUAAUGACUGAUCUUUAAUUCUUGGCACCAGUCUGAGUAAGUGACUGUAAAACGAACGCACAAGGAUCGAAGAUAAUACCUAGUUAGUAUCGCGCGGGCUGUAAAAUAAAAAGAAUACGAAAACACAAUCAGACAAAUAAACAUUUUCGUAUUAUUUGCCGAAUAUACGCGUAUAAAACAUACGUCGGAACGCGAACGAAAAGAAGAUUGCCAGUAAAGCCUAAUAGUUUUUAUCUCUUCCAGUAUUUAUCGAUUCAGGCUGAAAAACCGAUUUGGUUCGGAUGCUACACGUUGUACCAAAUUGCAUUUAAACAACAUUUAUUAUGGUAUCGUUACUAUUAUUAUCAUUCGAGGUUAUUAUUAUGAUUAUUAUACGAGGAAAUAUUACACACUGCCAAGUUUAAAACUGUGCAAAACAUUCAGGAGUCAAGAAAAUCGAAUAUAACGAGGUUGCACGGCGUUAAAUGU